AUGGCUGAGAAAGAAGUCCAAGUGUCUCUCAUGGGCAUCAUUUACAGCUCUGCCAUAAAGGUUCUGUGCCAUAUUGGCGAAGAAACAGAGAACUCCACCAUUAUACUAGACGCCAUGGAGCGCUAUUGGAAACGAAACAUCCGUCGCGGACUUGUGUUGGGUCAGGGGGACUCCCUUAUGCUCUCCGGAGAGUCAGCCGCAAAGCUCUUGGAUAUCCCAUACCCGACAGAUGAGGAGGCAGAUGCUAUUGAAGAUGUUAAAGGAGGCGAAUGGCCUGCGAGGUAUCUUGAAUUCAUCUCCGCGCCAUGGUUUCACCGUCUUUGGGUCGUGCAAGAGUUUGUCCUUGGACGUCAUGUACUCAUGAUCGUAGGGCGUCGACACAUACCUUGGGGGCGGCUCUGGGUAGGCACUUUAUGGUUCAAAGGAGUCAAAUGGCCAUGGGACCCUGUAAAGUUCACCAACGAGGACCUAGUAAGACUUUUCACAUCAUACAACUCCAUGUGUCUCGUUCUUUCAACUCGACUCAUCGAUCUCAACACGUCACAUGGCCGUGGAUUUAACAACAUUGCCCAAGUACUCCUUAACGGACUCGAGAUGAAUCAAACCCAUGCAGGAGGAUCGCUCCUGCUUUGUGCUGGUCUACCUGGUCGUGCCGAAGAAUACCCUUCUUGGAUACGAGAUCUUUCUGCACCAAAACUGAUGAAGCAUGUCUGGAUGGGGCGUCCGUGUUUUGUCCAAGGGUACUAUAUCGACGAUAUUACAGACAUGUCGCCCAAUGGGGCUUCUGAUCCUUUCAACUUGGUUGCACUGGCUCUCUGGAUUCAAGAAGCGUUCAACUUCUUCACCGGACCUGAAUCGUCAGUCGGUGACUCAGAUCCACUAUAUCCUCUAACUUCUGAUCCUGUUUGCGAAGCGGCUCUGAAGGUAAUGCUGGAUUACAACGAACAAGACACCAUGAGCCCUGAUGACGAAGAAUUCAAGGCCUUGUUGCGUAUGGGAUUGUCCUUGCCUUCCGUCGCCUUCUCCAAAGAUGCUGAGAACAAAACGACGGGAGAAGAUGCGGAGGAAACAGAGGCCACCGAGGAAGAGACCAUUAUGGGGAGGAUCAUUUCUGGAUUCCAAGAUGAAAGAUCCACUUUAUGGGAGCUAUGCUUUCGAAUACACAAGGUAAGGGGAUUGGGCUUUUAUAAAACCAAGAAGGGUCUCUUUGCUCUGUUGCCAAAGUUCACCCGUCCUGGGGACUCUAUUUGGAUUAUCAAGGGAUGCGGUCUACCUCUUGUACUACGGCAGAGUGUAACCCAUCAUGAUUCAUAUGAGCUGGUUGGAGGUGGCUAUGUGUAUGGGGUUAUGAACGGGGAGAUGCUGGAAAAGCCUGGCUUCAGGUGGCAAGAAGUCUCUCUUAGAUAG